AUGGCAAGCUAUUGUACUUGUAUAACGAUCGUCAGCUCAUCAUUAUCAGAGGGAACCAGGGUAAAGGUAUUAGAGGAAGACGAUGGCUCAGGAUGGAUUAAAAUCUUCAAGGAAUCGACUGAAAAGUCCGGCUUAGUACCUGCCAGUUACCUCAAACUUGACAAUGAUGAAGACUCGGAAGAUGAAGUGGUACAACCAGAUUUGUCCAUGCCAGUCCCGAAUGUAACGCAAGUCUCUCGUUCGGGUAAAUAUGGGGAUGACGAGCUAGCGUUAGCGAUAGGAGAGCAGUAUGAACUAACCUCUGGGGAACAUGGCGGGGAACAUUAUGGAGAGGGGUGGUGGGAAGGAAUCAAUGCACACGGAAAGCAAGGAAUAUUCCCCAGCAACUAUGUGAGCGAUAUUGCCUUCG